AUGUCGAGCACAAACAGAAACUCAUCGAACAACUACCAAACCAACCAAACUACUCAAGGACGAGUGAGAUUCGAAGAAGAAUCCACCGUCUAUUCGCAUGAAGCUACGAGAAAUCCCCGAUCGACUACUAGUAGCAGGGGAGCGCCACAUCCUGAAGAUACACGUAGUCUCUAUGCAAGGCAAUACUCAGAAUGGAAUACGAUCAAGCUAGCCAAGUUUACUCACAUUGCUAACAGCCCGCAAUCCCAACCUGCCCCUAACACGACGGGCAAUAGGGGCUACAUCGAGGCGCCACAACUUCAACCUCCGGAACAAUCCUAUGGAAGUGAAUUUACCUGGCUGGCGCGUCGAGCAACAGUGCUCACCAAGGAAAUCCGGCAGCGUCGUGGCAACGUCCACUAUGCUGGUCAGUUCGUCAAAAACAGCGUCGUACACUUUACCCCAUCCACUCCACAAGGAGUCAACACCAUCCCUCUUCCAAACAUUGGAGAGAACAACAACCAAGAGGCGUGGCGACGUCAAGCGUCACCCUACCAGUACAGCCCAGUGGCAAACUCUAACCAACCACCUUUGACUACCGUUUGGAUGUCAACGAGUGCCACAGCGUUGCCUCCCGCCCCAGAAGGGGUGAACAUUAUCGCCCUCCAAAGCAUUGGGGGGAAUGAAAGUGCAGAGACACGGCGAGGUCGAGGCCGAGUCUCUGCUUACCCGUCAAGCUCGAUGCGUUAUCCUAUGACUGUCAACGAACCUGCUCCGCAGCAGAGCUUUCCAAUGAAUACCUUUCCUGUUAACAACGGGGCGACGCAGGAGGAAGGGGAAGAGGACCGCAGAUGCUGCAGGUUCUGUUGA